AGAAGAAGAAGAAGAAAACGUCAGCAGCGGAAGAGGACUGAGAGCGGAUGUUUGCGCUGGUCACAUUAAACGCCUAAAACAGAUCAUUUCUAACAGUUUUCAGAUGUCUGAGGACGUCUAUGAGAAGUUCCUGGCUCCAGAAGAGCCGUGUCCGCUGCUGUCUCGGAGAGGGAACCUCAGUGAAGAUGCUACGCUGGACGUCAGUGACUUCGGCUGUCAGCUGUCCUCGUGUCACCGCACAGAUCCGCUCCACCGCUUCCACAGCAGCAGGUGGCACCUGACCUCCUGCGGCACCAGCGUGGCCAGCUCAGACUGCAGCGAGGAGCUCUUCUCCUCCGUGUCUGUGUGUGAUCAGGACGACUGCUACUCGCUGCUGGAUGAGCAGGAGCUGGCCUCCUUUGAGCUGUUCCCUGAGGGCAGCGUGUGCAGUGACGUGUCCUCCUCCAUCAGCACUUACUGGGACUGGUCCGACAGCGAGUUCGAAUGGCAGUUAGCAGGCAGUGAUAUAGCCAGCGGCAGCGAUGUGCUCUCCGACAUCAUUCCCAGCGUGCCCAGCUCACCCUGCCUCCUGUCCAAAAGAAGAAACAAACCGCACCGAAACCUGGACGAGCUGCCCUGGAGCGCCAUGACCAACGACGAGCAGGUGGAAUAUAUUGAGUAUUUGAGUCGAAAAGUGAGCACAGAGAUGGGACUUCGAGAGCAGCUGGACAUCAUAAAAAUAAUCGACCCGAGCGCACAGAUUCUGCCGACAGACAGCGAGUUCAUCAUUGAACUAAACUGCCUCACAGAUGAAAAGCUCAAACAGGUGCGGAGCUACAUCCGUGAGCACAGUCGACGGCAGCAGCGCAGCGUGAAGAGGAGCCUGGCGAGCAGCAGCAGUAACACCAGCAUCACCAGCAGCAGCAUCAGCAGCAGCAGCAGCAGCAGUGCCUCCAGCAUCAGCCGCGCUCACAGCGACAGCAACCUGGCCUCCGCUGCAGAGAGGAUACGAGACUCCAAGAAGCGCUCCAAGCAGAGGAAGCUGCAGCAGAAGGCUUUACGCAAGCGUCAGCUGAAGGAGCAGAGACAGGCUCGUAAGGAGAGACUGAGCGGUCUGUUCCUGAACGAGGAGGUGCUGUCUCUCAGAGUCCCGGAGGAGGAGGACCACUGCGACGACCUGGACGUGCUGAUGUGACCCCAGUGACCCUUCAGUUCUCCUUCUACGCCUCUUCCACAUC